AUGGAGAAGUGGGAGAUACAAACUUUCAAAUUUAAGGCUAUUCCCCGUAACAUUGUUCGGUACGAAUGGAUCAAGUAUAAGCGAAAUUUCGAUUUCAUCGUUGCGGCUUCAGGGGAGACCGACAAAACUCGUAUCAAGAAUAUUUUUCUUGCACGAGCCGGACUAGACCUCCAGGAGGUAUUCGCGUCGAUCCCGGGUGCCGAUGUGGCUGAAAACGGAAACGAGGGGAUUGACCCAUACGCGGUCGCUAUACAGCAUCUAGACGCAUACUUCUCCCCUAAGCAACACGAGACGUUUGAGAGGAAUGUUUUCUGGACACUCAAACCGAAUCCGGAGGAGACAAUCGGAAAGUUUAUGUUGCGUUGUCAGGAUCAGGCUAGCAAGUGUAACUUUGGAAGUACGGCUCAGGAAAGCAGAGCCAUAAGUGUCAUUGACAAAGUCAUUCUUUUUGCCCCUAAUGAUCUGAAAGAACAACUUUUGCAAAAAGAUGCACUCGAUAUUGACCAAGUCGCUAAAAUUGUCAGUUCAUAUGAGUCGGUGAAGCCUCAAGCUCAGCUGAUGAAUAUGUCAUCUUCGGGAGCCUCCGAGUCCUUUGGGAUAAAUAGUGAUGAGAGGAGUAGCAUCAACCAAAUCCGAUUUCCCUCCUUCAACGAAUGUACAAGAUGUGGAAACGACAAACAUCGGGCUAACGAUCUUAAGUGUCCAGCUCGUAAAAAGGAGUGUGGCAAGUGCAAACGAAUGGGACAUUAUGCCGUAAAAUGUCGAACACCUACAACUAAAAGGAAGUUUGCGGAAGAAAAUAGACCAGGUCCUAGCAACAGAUUCAAGAGAUACCGCAUAAACGAGAUCGAGAGCGACAGGGAAAGGGAAUCUCGAAGUUUCAUAUUUAAUAUAAACGACGGCGGAGAAUUACUUUGGCUCAAGCUUGGUGGAGUAACGUUACAGUUACUGAUUGAUUCGGGCUGCAUGAAAAAUAUAAUCAAUGAAAAGGCGUGGGAAUACUUGAAGAACAAUGAAGCGAAGAUAAGAAACCAAGUGAAGCAUUGCAGCGAAGUGUUUCUGCCGUAUGGGGAAAAAGCCAAACCGUUGACUGUCCUUGGGAAGUUUGACGCAUGCAUAUCAAUUGAUGACGAAGGAAAACUCAUUGAAGAGGUUGCGACGUUUUACGUGGUACUCGGAGGCCAACAGUGCUUGUUAGGUCGUACCACAGCUAUGAGUCUGGGGGUUUUAUUUAUCGGAUUACCGAGCACUGACGGAAUUUACAUGAUUGAGUCUACGCAAAAACGGCCAUUCCCGAGAAUCAAAGGCGUUCAAAUCGAGAUACCUAUUGACACAAGUGUUGCGCCGGUGUGCCAACAUCCUCGUCGUCCCCCAAUUGCUCUUUUAUCCAAAAUAGAGGAAAAGCUAACCUCUUUGCUUGUUAGUGACAUCAUCGAGCCGGUAGAAGGCGGCUGUCAAUGGGUUUCACCAUUAGUAACAGUGGUUAAGGAUAAUGGGGACCUUCGAUUGUGCGUCGACAUGCGCCGCGCAAACCAGGCGAUUUUGCGAGAGCGUCAUAUUAUGCACACGAUUGAGGAUUUUUUGCCCAGAUUCACGUCCGCGAAGUAUUUUAGUCGUCUUGACAUAAAAGAGGCUUUUCAUCAAGUGGAGUUGAAAGAAGAAAGCCGUUACAUAACAACCUUCAUAACCCACAUGGGCCUCUUUCGCUAUAAACGGCUGAUGUACGGAAUUGUAGUUGCUCCAGAGAUCUUCCAGCGAAUCUUGGAGCAAGUUUUGAGUCGCUGCAAAAACACCGUCAAUUUUAUCGACGAUAUCCUUGUCUUUGGUAGCACAGAAGAAGAACAUGAUGCGGAACUAAAGGUAGUACUAUCGAUUCUGAAAGAUCGUGAAAUCCUCUUAAACCAAGAGAAAUGUCUGUUCAAGGUUAAUAGUUUGGAAUUUCUCGGACACACGAUCUCGUCGGAAGGCAUCAGACCGUCAAACCGUAAAGUUGAGGCUCUUCAAAGAUUUCGACCACCAAUCACCGCCGAGGAGGUACGAAGUUUCCUUGGGUUAGUGACGUACGUCGGACGCUUCCUCCCGAAUCUAGCAACAAUAACAGCACCGCUUCGCGAACUGACCCGGUCCGGCAUUAAAUUUGUAUGGGGGACAAAACAAGAGGAAUCCUUCAUGAAGAUUAAGAACAUGAUCAGUAAUGUGCAGCAAUUGUAUUUUUUCGAUAACACCUUCCGAACUAGGCUUAUCGCGGAUGCAUCACCAGUAGCGUUGGGGGCGGUUUUAAUACAAUUCGAAAGUUCAACUGAUUGCGAGCCACGACCGAUUGCAUACGCCAGCAAGAGUCUAACAAGCACCGAACAGAGAUACUGUCAGACUGAGAAAGAGGCAUUAGCCUUAGUUUGGGGGGUAGAAAGCGGACCCCCUAUCUCGUCGAAUAAUUCGCCAUCGGAGACGUUUGACGCGGAAAGUAAGUUCAUGGUUUUAGCGGUAAUGGAGUCCGCUGCAAUCGACGUACAAGAACUUGAAGAUGCCACCCGAUCGGAUUCAGUUCUCAACAGUGUCAAAGAAUGUUUGCGGUCAAGAAAUUGGGACAAAGAGCAGGCUAAACCAUUUUCUUCAUUCAAGGACGAACUUGGAUUGGUAGGAGAUUUGUUGGUCCGGGGAAACAAACUUGUCGUACCUAUUAAACUUAAAUCAAGAAUGCUUGACAUUGCCCAUGAAGGACAUCCGGGAGAGUCCUUAAUGAAACGCCGUCUCCGUGAGCGCGUGUGGUGGCCGGGCAUGGAUAAAGAUGCCGUGUCCCGAGUAAAGACGUGUGAAGGCUGUCGUCUGGUUGGACUACCAAGCAAACCGGAACCGAUGAGCCGUCGCCCUCUACCUUCUGGACCAUGGAUCGACACCGCUAUUGAUUUUUUGGGUCCUCUGCCAUGUGGUUACCCUCGUACCAUUACGCUCGACAAUGCCAAGCAGUUUAUCGGCACUGAACUAGAGAUGUACUGCAAGUACCACGGAAUCACGUUGAAUCAUUCGACACCGUACUGGCCGCAAGAGAACGGCCUGGUGGAGCGACAGAACAGAUCUCUCAUAAAACGCCUUCAGAUCAGUGCUGCCUUCGGAAGAGACUGGAAACAGGACCUGCAGGACUAUCUUAUCAUGUACUAUACGACGCCUCAUUCCAUAACCGGGAAAACGCCCACCGAACUAAUGUAUGGCCACACAAUUCGAUCUAAGCUCCCAGCAAUUGGAGAUGUUGAGACGGUUCCGCCACAAACAGAGUUCAGAGAUCGGGACCAACAAUUGAAAGAAAAGGGGAAGGAAAUGGAAGACACUCGUCGUCGUGCAAGGAAGUCUUCAAUAGAGUCAGGAGAUACGGUUCUUAUGCAGAACUUAAAACCUGGAAACAAGCUGCUCACCACCUUCAGCCCAAAACAAUACCUUGUUCUGUCACGGUCUGGCUCACGGGCAACAGUCGAAGACCUCCAGAAUGGCAAAUCAUAUGAUAGGAAUGUUGCGCAUCUUAAAAAGAUUGUUCAGCCAGAGAUUGUAUCAGACGGGGUACCUUUCAAUAACAGUGACGAUCAAGAUGAGUUGCAGGCGUCAUCUGAAGAGGAUUUCCAUGGCUUUGAUUCAGAGGUAACGAAUUCCGAGACUAAUUCAUCUGAACCCAUCAUACCUGCUCGCCAGCGCAGAUCAGCCAAGAAACCUAGUCGGUUCAAUGACUACUACAUGUAG